AUGAGAAAUGAUAAUGGAGCUGAAGAGCAUGGGAAGGAGAAGAAAAGGGAAGAAGAGAUCCACCAAUGGGACGGGGAGAAGAGCAGGAGGUGUCUAGAGAAGCGCCCGGUUAGGGUAGGGAGGAGGGCUCCCCGAAACUGGCUGUCCCGAGCAGGCCCGGCUGACCCGCGCCUGGGAGGAGCCCCGCGUCCCGUCGCGCCUGCCCCGGGCUGGCUGCGUGUGCGUCGGGAGUCGAGCUGCCGCGCGCACCAGGAAGUGACUCUCCCCAGCGGCAGCGAUCCAGGCCGGCCGCUGGCUUUUACUUGGCCGCCUCAGGUGUUUCUGUGGUUGGCAGGGAUUAAAAGAAGAGUCCCAAUGCAUAGCCCGAGAUGUUUCCUCUCCAGGGUGGGUCUCCUCCCCAAACCAGGAUCACUCCCCUGGUGUGCCACUAAGCCUCCGGGUUGGUCACAGCCCUUUCUGGGCUCAGCAUGUGAGGGAAACUUCACCGACGUGAUACCCAAGAAGUGUCAAAGAGGACAGAAAAGUCAGAAGAAACCAAGCCGUGUUGGACCACUUGAUGGUUCCUGGCAGGAAAGGCUGGCUGAUGUUGUGACGCCACCCUGGAGGCUGAGCUAUGAGGAACAGCUCAAGGUGAAAUUUGAAGCUCAGAAGAGAAUUUUACGGAGACUAGAGUCUUACCUCCAAAAGCUCAAUGGAGUCAAUGUGACAACAUCUGCACCCAGAGCUGAGGGGCUCUCUUGUCUUCUCCAUCCUAUUAUACCCUCUCCUGUCAUCAAUGGCUACCGAAAUAAGUCCACCCUCUCUGUGAACUGAGGUCCAGAUGGCAAUCCGAAGACUGUGGGGUACUACCUGGGAACUUGGAGAGACAGAAGCAUCGUCUGUGUAUGGUCUAACCAUCUGAAAAACAUCCCUGAGAAACACAAUCAAGUGGCACAGCGCCCCUGCAGUGAUGAGGACUUCAAUGUUCAGAAGGAGGCUGUCAAGAGGUUUUUUACCACUGGGCCAGGAGCAGUCUGUGACUUGUCAUCACUUUACUUCCAGGAAAGCACUAUGACACGUUGCAGCCAUCAGCAGUCCCCCUAUCAGCUCCUAUUUGGGGAACCCCACCUCUUUGAAGAUCUCCUGGGCUCGAAGAUCCGCAUCUCUCCAGAUGCCUUUUUCCAGAUCAACACUGCUGGUGCAGAGGUGCUAUAUCGGACAGUGCAGGAGCUGAGUGGAGUGAACUCUAACACCAUCCUCCUUGAUAUCUGCUGUGGAACUGGUGUGAUUGGUGUCUCUCUGGCUCAGUAUGCCUCGCAGGUCCUUGGGAUUGAGUUGGUGGAACAGGCAGUAGAAGACGCCAGGCGGACUGCAGCCUUCAAUGGCAUCACCAACUGUGAAUUCCACGCUGGUCGAGCAGAGAAGAUUUUACCACAGCUACUAAAGUCAAAGGAAGAUGGGCACUUCAUUGUUGCUGUGGUGAACCCAGCCCGGGCGGGACUGCACUAUCAGGUGGUUCAAGCCAUUCGAAACUGUAGGGCUAUCCGCACACUGAUUUUUGUUUCCUGCAAGCCCCAUGGUGAAACCACAAGGAACAUCAUUGAGCUGUGCUGUCCUCCAGACUCUGCUAAGAAGCUUGUUGGUGAGCCUUUUGUCCUGAGAAAAGCUGUGCCUGUGGAUCUCUUCCCCCACACACUACACUGUGAGCUGGUGCUCCUCUUCACUCAAUAAGCCACCUCCUAUGGGAUGCAGUACCUUCCAGGUCUGGCAUCUUGCUACAUUGCAGAUCCUGAGAGCAUUAUUGGAGAAACCAACCUUUGGAUCUCAAGCAGGAAGAAUAUACAGGUGCCCCUUGAACAACACGGGUUAGGGCUGCUGACCCCCCUACACA